UUGCAGCCCCCCAUUAAAUGCCUCUACGCACCUCGCAAUAACGCCAUGCUGCCAGAAUUUUGAAUAAUAUUUUUUUUCCCUUUUUUUACUCUGCCCCAUUUUCUUUCCUUUGCUGGCUAUCUCUUCCUCUUUAUAAUCUCUUCUCCUCUCCUCUCAAUCUCAUCGCCUCAGCAUUCUUUGUUUCUCAGUUUACUGUCACCAAGAGCUUCUCUUGACAGACCCUUCUCUUCUUCACUCGCUGGGUCCUUUAUACAAUUCCCUUCCCCUUAUACAUUCUUCCUUCCAGUUCUCAUUCUUCUUACAUUCUUCCUUCAAGUUCUUCUUCUUCUUCUUCUUCUUCUUCUUCUUCUUCUUCUUCUUCUCUGUAUGUCUCAGUUUUGGUUUCUUUUUUGCAGGUAACUUGGAGAGAGAGAAAGAGAGAGAGGUAAGAUCCUUGACAGGGUCAAAACAGUGAGGCUUGGCUGUAUCUGGUUUCUGCCCAUUUAUAUCAACUUAUGUAUCUAUCAGUAAUACUAGUUCUAUUUUCGUUCAAUUUUCCCGUGAAAGAUACGGAAUAGACAGACCUCACCAUGGCCCAUUUCUGCAAUCAAAUUGAAAUUAAUGCCAGUCAACUCUUUACCUAAUCUUUUUUGUUUUCUAAAAAGACAAAAAAAAAAGAAAAAAAAGAAAAACCCAGUGGUAGUAUUGUAUUUAUAGUUCUUGAGAUUACUCCUGUGAGGAGUAUGAGAAAUUCGGUCCCUAGAAAUGGUCCUAAAGAUAUAUUAGGGUUUCUGAGGACUGAACCAUGUCGAACGAAAUCGUGAUAUAUCAAGGAGAGACGCCGGCGGUGACCGGAAGCAACGACGGUGCAACGUCUGGAAUUGGAGCCUCUGCCGGCGGGCUUACCCUUGGACAACCUAGCAUGAUGGACGAACACUUGACGAAUCCACUGCAAAUCGUCCCAAGCACGGCGGAAAGCAACGCCUGGAAGAUCGGAGAAGACGAUCUAUUCGACAGCAAGUCCGGCAGCGAGAACCACGACGACGGCUCCGGCGACGACGACCACCGUCCCGAUGAUGCCAAUCAACGACCGAGAAAGAGGCAGUUUCACCGGCACACUCGGCAGCAGAUACAGCAAAUGGAAGAAUUCUUCAAGGAUUGUCAGCGCCCCGAUGACAGGCAAAGGAAGGAACUCAGCCUCCUGUUGGGCUUGGAGCCGCUUCAGAUUAAGUUUUGGUUUCAAAACAAGCGCACUCAAAUCAAGAUGCAACAAGAGCGCCGUGAGAACCAAGGUCUUCGAGCCGAGAACGAAAAGCUUCGGGCAGAAAACAUGACGUACAGGGAAGUUAUUGCCAAUGCCUCUUGCACUUGCGGUGGCCCAAAAUCUGCACCAGGGGAAAUGUCACAUGGUGAACACAAUUUGAGGGUGGAGAAUGCCAGAUUAAAAGAAGAGAUUGACAGGAUUACUACAAUAGCGGCUAAGUACCUUGGCAAGCCUUCACUGAGCUAUCCCGUGGUUUCACCUCCACCCAUUCCUCUUUCACUCGGCCUUGGGAACUUUAACCCCCAGUUAGGCGCUGGACCCGAGCUAUAUGGAGUGGGAGACCUAGUUGGGUCAAUUGCUGGACUGGGCGAUAAGGCAGAGAAGCAAACAGUUGCUGAGCUCGCCGUGGCAGCCAUGGAGGAGCUCACAAGAUUGGCCAAAACUACCAAUCCACUCUGGAUUGCGAACAUGGACACUGGCUGCUAUAUGCUCAACAAAGAAGAAUACUUCGCAGCAUUUCCAAGAGGAAUCGGGCCAAGACCCUUGGGGUUCAGAACCGAGGCUUCGCGCGAAACAGCAGUCGUCAGAAUGAACCACCUUAGCCUUGUCGAACUCUUCAUGGACGUGAAUCAAUGGUCGACUGUGUUUUCGUGGAUUGUGUCAAGAGCUACGGUUCUAGAAGUCCUAUCAACUGGGGUAGCUGGAAACUACGAUGGAGCCUUGCAAGUGAUGACGGCUGAAUUGCAUGUGCUUUCGCCGCUUGUUCCCACCCGAGAGACUAAUUUUGCAAGGUUUUGUAAGAAGCUUGGUGAUGGAAGCUGGGCCGUGGUGGAUGUUUCUUUGGAUGGCUUGCGGCUUAAUCCAUCGUUGGGAUGCCGAAGAAGGCCUUCGGGAUGUUUAAUAGAUGAAAUACCUGGUGGACGAUCAAUGGUUACAUGGGUAGAACAUGUUGAAGUUGAUGACCGUGAUGUACACAACGCCUACGAACAUCUCCUCAACUCUGGGCUUGCAUUUGGUGCAAGACGCUGGGUUUCCACUCUUGACAGGCAAUGUGAGCGCUUUGCAAGUGCCAUGGUUACAGACAUUCCCCAUUGUGGCAUCACAAAUUUUGGGAGGAGGAGCCUGAUGAAGCUGGCAGAGAGAAUGGUGAUAAGCUUCUGUGGCGGCGCGAGCUCCUCAACGUCCCAUUCAUGGACAACCUUAUCAGAAGGCGAAGCCGAUGAUGAAAUUCGGGUCAUAACACGAAAGAGCGUGGAUGAUCCAAGCCGCCCUUCUGGGAUUGUGCUCUGUGCUGCCACUUCUUUCUGGCUUCCAGUUUCCCCCAAAACUGUCUUUGAUUUCCUCCGUGAUCACAACUCUCGCAAUCAGUGGGACAUCCUUGCCAACGGUGGCCUAAUUGAAGAAAUAACCCGUAUACCUAAUGGAAGGGAUCCAUGCAACUGCGUCUCAUUACUUAAAGUUGCGGCGACCGGGGGUGGAGAGGACGGCGAGAACGGUACUGUCGAUAACAACAACGGCAUGGUGAUAGUACAAGAAACAAGCGCAGACCCAACAGGCUGCUUCUUGGUUUACGCACCAGUGGACAAUGCAGCAAUGGACAUGGUUCUAGGCGGGGGAGACCCAAGCUAUGUGGCUCUUCUCCCUUCAGGCUUCGCCAUUCUAGCAGAUGGCUUUGGAUCAUCACCUGCCAAUAUUAUUACUGCUGAAGAGUCUGUGGGCUGUCUGUUAACUGUGGCUUUCCAGAUUUUGGUGGAUUCUGCUUCGAAUGCAAAGCUUAGCCUUGAAUCUGUGGCCACUGUGAAUAACCUCAUUGCUUCCACUGCGGAAAGGAUUAAGGAUUCAAUGGUAGGCGAGAACUAAUGCAAUGCGAGUAAUGAUGUUCAUUGGGGGGCCAUUUUGGUUACAUUUUUGUUUCUCUCGUGGUUUGAAAUUUUAGUCACAGAUAUAGAAAGGGGAUGGAUGUUUGAUUGACAAUGUUUUGGAAUGAUUUUUGCAAUUUUGAACAUCCCCAAAAUGGUGGGGUUUUGUUUU